UUUAAUAUCCACGCUCCUUGGGAUUUAGAGGCUUAUGAGCAUCUACAGGGAUUUGGUGGCAACAGAAGAGUAAAAGGAGGGCGUUUAUACGGCGCAAAGUGCACAGUGCCUGGAGGAUUCCCCCAAGUAGCCUGCCUGGGGAAAGGGGGUUCGGGAAAGCAUCGGACUGGGUGCAAUCGCAUCCUUCUUGAGGCCUCACUCAUUCUGGAGACCCACUCUCCCCGAAUAACGACAGGAAUAUAUUUAUCUAUCCCAUGUCCCUCCUCUACUUGGUAUCCCUCCUGGAGCUUCAGGGGUCUCCACCCCAUUUCCUCCUCCGUCCCCGAGUGUGCCUCCUUCCAUUUCUCUAUUACAACCCUUCUGCGGUUACGGAAGACGGAGGAGCGAGAACAAACCAACGGAUACCGGAACUAGAGUCCUGCGGCGUCCGGUUUUCAUAGGGAGCGCAUAGUCCGUGGGACCCACAAGCCAACUUCCGGUUCCGGUCCUCUGGUUUACGCUGCCCGCUGUCGCUAUGGAGGAGCCGGAGAUGCAGCUGAAGGGGAAGAAAGUGACGGACAAGUUUACUGAGAGCGUAUACGUCCUGGCCAACGAGCCCUCGGUGGCCCUCUACCGGCUGCAGGAACACGUGCGCCGUUCCCUCCCUGAGCUGGCCCAGCACAAGGCCGACAUGCAGCGCUGGGAGGAGCAGAGCCAGGGAGCCAUCUAUACCGUGGAGUACGCCUGCAGUGCCGUGAAGAACCUGGUGGACAGCAGCAUCUACUUCCGCAGCGUGGAGGGCCUGCUCAAACAGGCCAUCAGCAUCCGGGACCACAUGAACGCCAGCGCCCAGGGCCACAGCCCUGGGGAACCGCCCCCGCCCUCCUCAGCCUGAUCCUGGAAGACAUUUAGAGGCCCCUGGGCCUCCCCCUAAGCCAGGAUCCUAAACUUUCCCGUUUUGUAGAAGAGGAAACCGCGGCUCCGAGAGGUGAGGCAGCCCAGGGGCGGAAGCAGCAGGAUCCACACCCAGACCUGCAGACCUCCGAGCUUCGCCCCAGCCUGCAGCCCUGACCCCCACCCUAGCUCCCUGGUCCGCCACAGCCCGGCUCUGGGACACGACCUCAGAAGACCCAGCACCGGUGGAUCGCGCUUCCCUCCUGCUCCAGCCCGCAGCCUCCAGGCCCAGCUGCGAAUGUCCCCAUAUGUCGCCUCCUUGUUCCUGGACUCCCUGGAGGGCAUCCUGGAGGUGCCAUUACUGUGAGCCCAGCUCUGUGCUGGAGUCUGCGAAGGCUCAUCUCCUUUCAUCUCCAGGCUGCCCUAUAAGGUGGUGGUCACCCCCAAAUACACGUGGGAAAAGAGUCGGAGGGGCAGUGUGACUGUGCGGGGUCACACAGCUUUAGAGAGUUCCAGAGUCAUGUGGUCUCAACCCUGCUUAGGAUGCGCUGUGUGACGUAGGUCUUGGCGCUGGCCCUCUCUGGUUUUCCUCUUCUCCAUCUGGACAAGAAAAGGUUGGAUUGGACCUUUUGUAGGGUACCCUCUUCCUGUCUUGAGCAGAAACACUCACCCCAGGCUCAGACCACGUGGAGAUAUUGCCCUUAGAUCCAGGGACGGACACGGAACCUUAGACUGACCAAAGUCCCUCAUCUCCCAGGGGGACAGAGACUACUUCAAGAUGGGACCCAACGAGAGGGCUUCCCUGGGAAUUUUGCUGGCAAUGUGAAAAAGGAACUGUUUUCCUACCCAAGUGGUCGAGCUGGGUGCAUGGAAGAGGAAGACUUGAGAAAGUUUGUGUGGGGGUCCUGGAUCCAGCCACACCUGACGCUGCCUUCACGUGUCCCUCAAAGAACAUUUUUGCAGAGAUUACUCUGCGUCUUUGUGUGACCAGCUGCAGAAGUGCCCAUGCUGAUCUUCAUGAAUUCUAAGCCUGGGCGAUCACGUGCCCAGUGUGUAACCUCCAAAGCCAGCUGUCACCUCACUGGGAGCCCCGGAAUCCUUUGUUCCAAUAAAAGAAGGAAGAUCAGAA